AUGCCAGUCUCGCAGGAUCCUUCCUUCGUCACCCUGCCGCAAGAACUCCGAGACAUGAUAUACGACCUCUGUCUCGUAUACCCCGUAGAGCUCGCAGUCCUUCCCUCGCGUCGGGACAGAGACGACAUCGCUACAGGCAGCGCUCUCAGAUGGCCGUCUGCUCCCUUACUCGCAGUCAGUUCGAUGAUUCGAGCCGAGGCGGCCCACGCUUUCUAUGGCAAGAAUAGAUGGAUGCUAUCUUGCAGAAUACUAACUGACGAGGAGCCGGAGAUUCCGCUACCGGCCCUGUUCUGGUCUCACGUGCGCCACGUGUCGGUUAGGUUCGACUGCGACGUGGUCGAUCCAACAGAGAUGGGGAGGAUAUCUCGAGACCUGUUCACGGGCCAGAACGCCUCUCUCACGGAUGCUGCGCGCGCCACGGCAAUCCAUGAAGAGCGCAAGAAACACCUCGUGGAGAAAAGACCGUAUCGAUUGCAACAGGCUUGA